CAGUUUCUUUAUGGAAUGGUGUGGUCCUGGCACGGACAUUCUUGUGCCAAUGCUGACCUUUGUCCAUGACCGAAGAAGGACUUCCACCAACAUUCUUCUCCACACUUAUCUUUGUGACGCAUGCUCAUCUAGCUUUACUGCUUCUAAACACAAUUUGUUUGACUUCACUGGCGACUUCGCGAGUUUCUGGACCACUUCAGUGAUCACCUCCGUCCGCUCUUACACACCUGCAGUCACUCACCACAGGAUUAUGCCCAGAAUUAUCCUGAACUAUACUACUGAACGACUCCCGUUUGGGAGUCGAACAAACUGGAACGAGUUACGUGCCCAAUUUCGGUUCCCCUCGGACCAUCGAAGGACACGUCAUCAAUUGCAUCUUCAAACCGUUCGUCACCCGACUCACGGCCUCGUUGAAAUUCCUCAAGUCAUCCGAGAAUGUCGCGCUGUAUUGCGAUGUUCGCCAAUUGCUGGCCUACAUCAAAGACGUCCACGGCGGAAUCUUCCGGCGGGUGUUGCUCAGUGGACUGUUGGAUUCGGCCGCACGUUGGAACAACCGCAAGACACUCCGCCCGAAAACAGUGGCUAUUUCAAGGAUUGUUUGCAAUCGACAGGAGACGACUGUCACUUUCUUCGUCGUGGACGAAACGACUUCGGAAAAGAACCGGAAGGGCAAAAAGAAUGCGAGCCUAUUGAUUUUCCCGGCGGCCGUGGUGCCGUAACGCGAUAUUGUGGAUCGAGUACUUACUAA